AUGCUUACUCUGAAAGAUUUAGAAUCAUCUUCAUCAAAUGAUGAUAUGAAGAGUGUUCUAGAUGGGAGAGAAAAUUUACAAGCAUUACGAAAAGAAAAACAGAAAUUAAAUCAGAAAAUCCAAUCACUUGAGAACGAUUUAGAAGUUGCAAGAAGAGCAAAGGAAGUUUCAGAGGCUGCUGCUGUUAGAUUACUUAGGAAAUUGCGUGAAUUAUUCGGAAAUUCUUUUGAAAAUGAUCAAUUAGUAGACAAAAUAGUUGAGUUACAAGGAAGAGUACAAAAAUCUAAAUCAAUUGUUGAUGAUUUAACUAUUCAGAUUAAUAUCAAGCAAAAACAAAAUCAAACUGAUCUUUUAUCUUCAAAACUUAAAGCUAAUACAAUUGAAACUGAAAAAUCAAAUAUAUUGGAUGAAAUUCAAAGUAUACAAUCAAACAUCGACCAAUUACAACAGAAAAUUGUAGAAUCAAAAGAUAGUUACGAAAAAUUCAAGGAGAAAUAUGACUCAGUUUUAAAAAUGAAACAACAAUCUCCUAAGCUAAACAUAUACCCUACAUCUGACAUUCUUAAAUGGAUUGAAGAGAAUUCUGAUGAAUCAUUUAAUAAAAUUUGCAAAAAGUACGCAAAAAUAUUCGGAAUCGAUUACCAAAAUCCAGAUGUGCUAGCAAAUGACAUUGAAAAUGCAUUUGCCAAUCUGAACAAAAUAAAAGCAUCAAGCAAAACUAUUCAUUCUGACUUAUCAAAGGCAGUUCAAGAAAUCAUUCAAAAAAGAGAACAAACGAGAUUGAAACACAAAGAAAUGGAAAAUAUUUAUAUUUCAAAGAAACACGAAUUUUCUUCGUUUUCUCAAGAUAGCUCUAAAGAACUUGUGACGUCUAUUGAACAAUACAACAAAACGAAGAAAAGGAAAUUAAAACAUAUAUCAAUAAUUACAGAAACUAUAAGUAAGGCAUCGCUAUUAUCAGAGAUCAAAGUUGAUAUGCACGAUGAAUUUUCAGGAAUAUGUCGUACUUGCAUUGAAUUCUCAAAUGAGGCAAAGCAACUGAUUAAAGAAUUAUCUUACAAAGAAGAUAAUAUCAACUUUGAAAUCAUUCAACAAAAAAUCAACUCUGUUAAGCAGCAGAAUAAUCUUCUUAUUCAGCGUUUGCAAAUAGAGAAAAUAUAA